AUGGCUAAGCGAGUCACAUUUCUGGAGCCUGCCCAGCUAGACAAAUCCAAGGCUGCCAUCGAGAAUGUCCUCGACCUAGUCGCCGUGGUGGACCUGGGACCGGACGUAUUCACCAACGCUCGUGAAUUGUGGCAUCCCCCGGGAGCUCGAGGCAUUUAUGGCGGCACCGCUAUUGCUCAGUCCCUCUCCGCCGCGAUGCGAACAGUGCCCGAGGAUUUCGCUGUGCAUAGCAUGCACUGCUACUUCGUUCUUGCCGGCGAUGCCGAAAUGCCGAUUCUAUAUCAUGUGGAGCGGGUGCGCGAUGGUCGAAGCUUCAUAACCCGCACCGUCCAGGCGAGGCAAAGAGGAAGACCAAUCUUCACAACUACACUCAGUUUUAGUCGAGUCGGUAGCGGGGGUAAGAAGACCAUCACGCACGCCGAAUCAAAGCCAGAUGUGCCAUUUCCAGAUGACGCGCUUCCCGGAACACUAAGCGCUCUCGAUAACGUGGGAGGUGGUCCUUUUGAAAUGAAAAAAGCGGGAACUGUCAACCGAGGCUCUCCAAAUCCAGAGGAUAAAAAGAUCCUGCGAUUUAUCCGUGCACGUGGCCAUAUCUCCGAAGAAGGUGGCUCACAAGCGCAUAUAUCUGCUCUCGCUUACGCAACAGAUAGCUACUUCAUUGGCACUGUCGCUCGCGUUCACGGUAUAUCCCGAUUCUCAUCUGCAGCAGAGCUUCAAAUGCUUCUCAGAGCAUUGAAAAACCCGUCAGAUCUCGAUGAUGAAGCUAUCACGAAAGCAUUCGCAGAGCUGAGGGAGGAGGAAGCUGCAGAGCUACAACGUCGCCUAGAAGGUGCACUCAGCAAUGUCACAGACGCUGAUAAACGAAACGACCACAAAGAGGUUGGGAUGUUGGUCAGUCUUGAUCAUACAAUCUACUUUCACAACCCAAGGGCCUUUCGGGCAGAUCAGUGGAUGCUGAUUGAGAUGGAGAGUCCAUGGGCGGGCGAAGGGCGAGGGUUGGCAAUUCAAAAGAUUUGGUCGCAUGAUGGGGUUUUGAUUGCUACCUGUACACAAGAGGGAGUUGUUCGAUUGAAGCAGGACAAGCCUCUAUCUAAGAUUUAG